UGGAUAGUGUUGUGUUGUGUUGUGUUGUUAGCCAUCUCUCUUUCCUCUCCCAUAUGCGAAAGCCGAGGGAGACCAAAAAACAAACCAAAAACCAUCAUCAUAACCCAAACCCAACACACCAUAACACAGCACCACCUCGUAUCACAUAAUAACAACCUUAAACCCCCAAACUUUCAUGUCUCGGAUCCCGUGAUUCGGAUCCCCAACAACAACAACGCCAAAAACAAAAACAACCUAGUAUUAUUUGGAUCCGGUUCCCAUGACGCGGCGUUGCUCGCAUUGCAGCCACAAUGGGCACAACUCAAGAACUUGCCCUAACCGCGGGGUGAAGCUCUUCGGGGUCCGAUUAACCGAUGGGUCGAUCCGGAAGAGUGCUAGCAUGGGCAAUCUAACCCACUAUGCCGGUUCCGGGUCGGGUCCACUCCAUACCGGGUUGAAUAACCCCGGUUCGCCCGGGGAAACCCCCGAUCAUGCCGCCGCAGUCGCCGACGGUUACUUGUCCGAGGACUUCGUUCCCGGGUCUUCUUCUAGCUCCCGUGAAAGAAAGAAGGGUGUUCCAUGGACUGAGGAGGAACAUAGAAUGUUUUUACUAGGAUUGCAGAAGCUGGGCAAAGGUGAUUGGCGUGGAAUUGCAAGGAACUAUGUUAUAUCAAGGACACCUACUCAAGUGGCUAGCCAUGCUCAGAAAUAUUUCAUCAGGCAGAGCAAUGUGUCCAGGCGGAAAAGACGGUCCAGCUUGUUUGAUAUUGUUGCAGAUGAAGUUUGUACCCUUAUUUGCAAAUUACAUCAAAAUGCAGCUGACACUGCAAUGGUACAGCAAGACUUCUUGUCUGCUAAUCAGUUACCCACUGAAACAGAAGGCAAUAACCCCUUGCCAGCUCCUCCUCCCCUCGACGAAGAGUGCGAAUCCAUGGAUUCCACAAACUCAAAUGAUGGAGAGCCUGCCCCAUCAAAGCCUGAAAACACACAGUCAUCUUAUCCAAUGUUAUAUCCUGCAUAUUAUUCUCCGGUGUUCCCGUUUCCUCUGCCCUAUUGGUCAGGAUACAGUCCAGAGUCCACCAAGAAGGAGGAGACACAUGAAGUACUGAAGCCAACUGCAGUUCAUUCUAAAAGCCCUAUCAAUGUUGAUGAACUGGUUGGCAUUUCAAAAUUGAGUUUAGGGGAGUCUAUUGGUGACUCUGGUCCCUCCUCUCUGUCUCGAAAACUUAUCGAAGAAGGACCCUCUAGACAGUCAGCUUUUCAUGCAACACCGACAUGUGGCAGUUCAAAUGGCAGUGCCAUCCAUGCAGUUUAAGCGUGUGCCUCAUGUUCCGAGGAAGGGAUUGUUAUGUGAGCAUUGUUGAUUGAUGGGCGCGCAUGAAUGUGGUCUUGUGUUCAUCAAUACAUCUGUUUGUGGGGCAACCUAAAUAAUUUUUUUUUUUUGGCCCAUUCACAGUGAUUAACCUAGUUUGUUUAUUUGCUGGUAGGCAGUAGCGUCUAGGAGUUACUUUGGGUCUAAAGUAAAACUUUUAUGUUUGUUCAGUGAUUUUAUUUGUCAGGGUUAUGUAAAGUUAAUGUUAAUUGUGCAGUUUGACAAUCUACCAAGUUGUGCUUCAUGUUUGAACUUUGAAGUGCCGUGGAUUAGAAUGUUUUAAGUGCUUUACCCGCUCCGGGUUUUUUUUU